AUGGGUGCCUGCAGGGUUUCCAUUUUAGUGCUUGUUGGUGUUCUUCUCGGAGCCUGUUCUGAUGCUAGGAACCUGUUGAGUGAAAAGGAAGUACAUGAACUUGGUGAGAAGAAAACAUUCUUCCCUUAUAACCCUGUUUAUGGUGGUGGACUAGGUUGUACUGGUGCUGUUGGCUGCUUAGGUGGUGCUGGUGGUGGGGGUGGGGGUGGAGGUGGCAAUGGGGGUGCUGGAUAUGGUUUUGGGAGUGGUGCUGGGUUUCGGUUUCGGUUUGGGUCUGGAAAUGGAGGAUUUGGUGGUGGUGGAGGCGGUGGCGGGGACGGUGGCAGCUCAUUCGGUGGUGGAUAUGGCGGAGGAUAUGGUGGAGGAUUUGGAGUAGCAGUAAUUGUCGGUUAUGAUAAAUUGGCUCUCCCCUCCUAUUCAAUUGUAAUUUGUAAGCCAAAUUUUAAUAACGGGGAAUAA